AUGCUCGAGAUAGGACGACGCCAGAGCACUGAGAAGGAAGGACUCCUGAUGCGCGUUGCGUGCCGAAUACGGCGGCAAAUUGACGACGAGGUGUUGCUGUUGCACCACUUGCUGCGCUUCGGCAACAACUUUCUCGACACGACGAGCGACCUAUCUUCUUUGCUCCCUCUCACCACGCAAUCUCGCUUCGCAUUGCAUCCAGCAACCACAAGUCAGCGCACGAUGAGUUCUACACAACCUCACCAAAACCCCGACCAAGCCAUGGAGGCCCACGACGAAGACUACGGCUCGGAUCUUGCCAACGAUGAUAUUCAAGAAGUCGUACCUGAGCACGACGACGAGGGUGACGUCCCCAUGGACGGUGACAGCGACGACGACGACGUCGGUCAUGACGCUUCCCAACAACAGGGCGCUGGGUCCGGUCAGGAACAGUUCGUCGACAACUCCAUAGCCGCCUUCUACUCGCACCGCAAGUCGGUCUUCUCCGUCUCUCUUCAUCCAUCUUUUCCCAACCCUCCACUGGCGCUGAGCGGUGGCGAGGACGACGGUGCCUGGAUCUGGAAUACCCAGGAUGGCUCAGAAGUGGCUCGACUUGGCGGACACACCGACAGUGUCACCUCGGCCCUCUUCAACGCAGCCGGUGACCUCGCCGCUACCGGAGGCAUGGACGGCAAAGUGCGCAUUUGGCGCAAGAAGAGCGAUGACUUCAAGACGUGGGAGUUUUUGACCAACCUCGAAGGCCCCGACGAGGUCGUUUGGAUCGACUGGCAUCCCAAGGGCAGCGUAUUGGCGGCGGGCGGUGCCGACUCCACAGUUUGGAUGUGGCAGUUGCCCUCUGGCAAUGUCAUGAACGUCUUCUCCGGACACAGCGACGCUGUUUCAUGCGGAAGCUUCUCUCCCGAUGGUAAGAGGCUUGUGACUGGUUCGGAAGAUGCGACACUCAUCGUCUGGGACCCCAAAACUGCCGAAGUCGUCUCCAAGGUGCAGACACAUCUCGACGGAGGUCUCACCCAGCUCGCGGUCUCGCCCGAUGCUAGGGUGGUCGUCGUCGGUGGCGCGGACGGCGACGUUCGCGUCAUCAACAUCGGCGCACUCGACAACGGCGGGUCUGCCUCGGUGGUCGCCUCUUUGACCGGGCAUGCCGAAGGCGAGUCCAUCGAAGGCAUCCAGUUCGUCGACGUUGGCAGCGGCAGUCGCACCGGCCACGUCAUUACUGCUUCAACAGAAGGCAAAGCCAUCGUCUGGGACCUCUCCCUUGCCAAGAUGCGCUGCGAAGUGGUUCAUGACGCUGCUAUCACCGGUCUCGCAUUGCAUCCCGCCACAUCGCUCUUCUCCACCUCUUCCGCAGAUCACACCAUUAAGACAUGGGAUGCCAGGACUGGUGGCUGUGUCGCUACUCAGCAAGGCUUCACCGACGGCGUGCUGGCGCUGGCAGUCGGAAAGGACGACGGCUUCACACAGGGUGCCGAGACAGGCGGCAUCGGCGCUUACACCAACACAGCCAACGCAAGGGGAUGGAAACUCGUCGGAGCAGGCGACGAAGGUGUCGCUUUGGUUUUCCGCGUGUAG